CUUGAGUUUGACACUUGUAAGCUUGGACGCAUCAGACAACCAUUGUCGACAUAUGAGCAGACAUGUCAAAGAUUCCGCAUGAAGUCUUUGUGUGUCAGCCUGCGUUGUCCUUCCUGGGAAGUAGUGAGCGACCAUAAUGCACAAGACUAAUCAAUACAGAUUGAUGAUGAUACACCCUGUGUCAAGUGAUGGGGAGGAGAAAGCAGGAAGGGAAUGUGCGCAAAUUGGGAAGCGUGACUGAUGACGAUGAUGUAGAUGAUACGCCCUGGAAAUUGGUAGCUUUAAAAAGAGGGACCCUCUCCGGAUCUGGACGAAAGCGCACUAUCAACCUCAACAUCAUCACCACCACCACCACCAUCAUCAUCAUGAACGGCCACUGCAACGGGAACGCGAGCGACGUCGCCGCGGAGGAGUUCCACUGCAACAACGGCUUCGCCGAGCUGAGUGUCAUGAAGGCGGCUGUAGCGUCUGCGGCGCACCGCAAGCUCCACGAGGGUUCCCGCAAAGAGGCCGAGGACCAGUGCCGGCUUCCCGCCCUGCAGGCCGCCUACUCCAGCAUCCUGCGGGAGCUCGGGGAGGACACCGAUCGCCAGGGUUUGCUACGCACGCCGCUGCGCGCUGCUAAAGCCAUGCAGUUCUUCACCAAGGGUUACCACGAGACCGUCGACGACAUUCUGAACGACGCCAUUUUCGACGAAGACCACGAGGAGAUGGUGAUCGUGAAGGGCAUCGAUAUGUUCUCCCUGUGCGAGCAUCAUCUGGUGCCCUUUUUUGGAAAGGUCCACAUCGGAUAUAUUCCCAACAAGAAAGUAGUGGGGCUGAGCAAGCUGGCCAGGAUUGUGGAGAUUUUCAGUCGGAGGCUUCAAGUUCAAGAGCGUCUCACCAAGCAGAUCGCAAUGGGCCUAUCCGAAGCCCUGCAACCCAAGGGCGUUGCCGUGGUGAUCGAGGCAGCGCACAUGUGUAUGGUGAUGCGUGGAGUGCAGAAAAUGAACAGCCGCACGGUGACCAGCACCAUGUUGGGUAUCUACCUGGACAACCCGAAAACCCGGGAGGAGUUCCUGACACUCACCCAACAUUGAGAACACAUCAAGGCGUAGCAAACACACAAAAAAAAAAUUCAUCAAAGCUUGAAAGUUUUCAACGCCGCAGCUUUGACAAUUUGCAAAAUCACUGUGACUCCAUGUGCCUUAAUAUUUCUAUGAAGUAUAUUAUAAUAAUCCAUUAAUCUUUUUUUAAAUACGUGCAAUUCUUGUCUCAUACCGCCCUGAUGGGAAUUUCAUUGGUGCUUGUGCAAAGUAGUAUUGUUUAAACCUCUUUUCUGCUUCAUUAUUAUUAUUAUUCCUAUAAACAUUCACUUUUUGUAUUAUAAGCUAUUUGUAAGAUAUAAACUGUCAUUAUAAACUGUCUGUGUUAAAAGAAGGA